GUUUACUUUUUUUCAGUCUCAAAAAAGGAAUAGUUUCUUUCUUGUACAAAAUUUUCCGCCUUAAUGAAUAUGAAUGUAACACGUUGACAACAUUGUUACAAUGUAACAAAUAUCUCUUCUAAGAAAAAUUUCACAUUAUUGAGUGAUUCGUGGCGACGAACGUGAUAGAGAAAUAUGUACUAUACAAAGUAUUAAAACAAGGAAAAAGGUUUAUUUAAACAUUUUCAGUGAAUGAAGAAGAGUACUGUAUAUCCAUAACUAGAAGUAUCACAAAAAUUGUCAAAUUAGUUGAACCUCGUUGAGACACCUUUGUAUAAAAGCCAGUGGGCAUAUUGGCUAUGAAGAAUGGGACAUUUCGUUACUAUCCGUGAUCGGCAAGUGUCAGCAGAUCCGUAAAGUCGCAGAGGAUCUCAGUGACCUGGUAGGAGUGGCGGAAGAGAACAAACAUCGGCGGGCCAAUCGUGAAGAAAGGGUGGUCCGGUGGAUGUUUGUCUUGUUGCUCCUCCGGAGGGAUGCUGGAAUCGCUGUAGAGAUAGGCAACGUGUACACGGUGCGGAGCCAAUCGCGCGCCACCACAGAAACAUCCAAAUGUUGCAGAGGAUUAGAGAGUGAUUUCUUUCAGCCGGCUGGCCACUCAGUCGUCUAUCAACAAUCGCCCUGCGACGCCAGAUAGUUAGCAAUUUAUUCGUUCCUCUCGCCGUUUAUUCGCAUAAUCAAAUUUGUAUCUUCAUCGUCGCACGAAAUUAAUAUCUUGUUACGGUUGUUAACAAAGUUUUACUUUUAUUUAUACUUUCUAUUGUUUCCUUUACUGUUGGAUGACUCAAAAUGAUUAAAUCUGUGGAUAUUAGUGAGUGAUCAAAAGACUAUGUUGCGUGGAAAGAGUAAAGGUAAAGAGGAGAACGAGGAGGAUGAAGGUGAGCUGAAGCAGAGGAGACCAAAGUGUGCUCGGUGUAGAAACCAUGGCUUGAUUUCUUGGUUGAGGGGACACAAAAGAGAAUGUCGUUACAGAGAGUGUCUUUGUCCAAAGUGUUCUCUGAUUGCUGAGAGGCAAAGAGUAAUGGCUGCUCAGGUCGCCCUUAAGAGGCAACAGGCGGCUGAGGACGCUAUUGCCUUAAAAAUGGCUAAAGUAGCGACUGGACAGAGAUUCAAUCGACUUCCUCCAGGGAAAAUAUUUGGCAUGGCAGUAACCGAACCAAAGUCAGUUGUAGACACGAACAAAGAAGAAGAUCCUCCUCCUAAAGAGGGCUUACACAUUGAAGAUCCGAGGAAAGACGACUCUCUGAAUAACCAAUGUCAGGAUUCAUCAACGAUCAACGAGAACCCGCCAAAGUACAAGAGCCUGGUAUUCAACGUGAACAAUUCAGAGGAGACAAAAGAGAGCAGUGUGUCGCAGACUUCAGUGGAAACAUUAGCUCGACUUUUUCCCAACACGAAGCUCUCAGUACUACAAUUGGUGUUGCAAAGAUGCGGCCAGGACCUUCUGAAAGCCAUCGAGUACUUUGCCAGUGAAAGUUUCGGGAUCAAUUCGACCACCUACGCAUCAGCGUUUCGACCACCUCAAACCAUCAACGAGACCAGGAGUAACGAACAUAUUGCAGGCACGAUGUUGGCUCCAAUAUACUCCAGUCUGUCCAGGAACUUCUACGGAGAUGGUUACUGCUUGUUGAACAUCGUUCCCGAUCAGUUUCCCAAAAAUAUAGCAGAUACGACGGCUUGCACCACGUUACCCAUAAAAAACAGCGGGCAACACGAGCAAGAGGGAGUAGCUCUAAAUGUUCAGUAUAACAAUUACUUCAAUUCUGGCGUACAACAACAGCUGAGAGAUCACAUGUAUGCUCAGGUUACGGAUCAUCUUUCACCGAGGCCUGGUUUCCUUCAUUUACCACCAGUAUUGCCGGGUAUCCCCUGCGUGCAGCCUAAUUGCACUCAGUGUAGUUACAAAUUUCCCUAAGCAACUGGAGAAUUUUUAUUUGAUUAGACAGAUUGAUUUCGUUUAUUUUAAUUGAAGGGUUUAUUUAAAUACCAUUCAAAUGAGGAAACACGACAAUUCACAUAGCCAAAAUUGUAUUUCAAACGGAUUUAAUGAUUUAUAACUCUGAUCCAGAUUUCUAGAUCUUAGGACAUCGUGUGCUCGCUGUUGAUAAGGCCGAUUAAUUACGGAUUUGAAAAUGUUAUCAGCUUAUCGUGUGUGAAACUCCACGUGAACUUAACGAGCGUUCGCGUGGCCUAUGGUGUUGCUAUCAGGGUAGGGGAAUUUCCGUGAUCGGCAGACCUUAAUCUUCAAAGUUCAGUGUGACCAGCCGGAUCAAGCGAAGCGUGUUUCUAGCAUGCAUCGCUUGUCCCAAUGGCAUACUCGUCUCUCUACCGAUUGACCUUUGAUCGUGGAGCGUGAAAUACAAUCUGUUACAGUAGUUCGUGAUGUUUUUUAAAGUUUUUUUAAGUGAUCACCUUGGUUUAAUUUGUAUAUACCAAUAGUCUUCAAAUAGUUAAUUUUCUUAAUUAUAUGUUUAACAUGUAUCAUUGACAUUUAUUGUGAAAAUUUUGAAGUCAUUUUUUAAAAUCGUUAUUUUGUAGUAGAAAAACGUCUGUUCUCUAUUUUAUAUAAUUGUGUUUUGUAAUAAUUUAGUUUAUUAAAAAAUAUUUUAUUUAUUAUUUUUUAAUUGUUGACUUUUUUUAUUAUUUAUUUUGCUACAAAGGUACUUAAAGGUAAACAAGAGUUUAAAGUGCUCUCAAACUUACCCUCCAACGUAAAUAGCUCGCCUAUUUAUAUGUUAUUUACAACACGUAGCACCGAGAACAGGAGUCCCUAUAAAGGAGAUAUUUUUUUUAGGUAUUUCUUCGGGAACUGGUUUGAAAGUUUCUCGCGGCAGCUAUCGCGUAACUGCUAACCUAAUAAAACGCCAGUAAUCGAGUUAGGAAGAUUCAAUUGUCUGUAUAAACAGUACGGAUAUCCUGGAGAAACUGUCGAUGGCCAGAAGCGAUUUACUUUGGCCCCGCUUUUUAGGGUGGCGA